AUGUAUGCAGCCCGGGAACCGAAAGUGUCAAAUUGGGACAUGCUGCGACUCCACAGUCUGUACAACCAGGAGCAGCCAGUUAUAGCUUUUGAUCAAACAGCUCAGGAGUCGCCUGUGGCAGAGCCCAUCCCAAUAUGCAGCUUCUGCUUGGGCACCAAGGAGCAGAACCGCGACAAGAAGCCGGAGGAGCUCAUCUCCUGCGCUGACUGUGGCAACAGUGGCCACCCGUCCUGUCUCAAGUUCUCCCCAGAGCUCACAGCGCGUGUCAAGGCUCUGUGGUGGCAGUGCAUCGAAUGCAAGACUUGCAGCAGCUGUCAGGAUCAAGGAAAGAAUGCGGACAACAUGUUGUUCUGCGACUCCUGUGACAGGGGUUUCCACAUGGAGUGCUGUGAUCCUCCCCUCACGCGUAUGCCAAAAGGCAUGUGGAUUUGUCAAAUCUGCCAACCCAGGAAAAAGGGAAAGACGCUUUUACAUGAAAAGGCAGCACAAAUCAAACGACGCUACAACGCACCGCUGGGACGGCCCAAGAACAGACCGGGGCGGCCCUUCAAGAAACUUGGCGGGCGUGGUCGGCGGAAGCGUUCAGCCUCGGCCAACUCAUCCUCCAGCUCCUCCUGUGAAGGCUACCCCGGUGACGAUCGGCUGCUUUUUUCAAUGCGGGACGACGAUGACCUGUCACAGAGUGGCCUACGCUUCAAUAACAAGACCAAGGGCCUCAUCGACGCCCUCACAAAAUUCUUCACACCGUCACCCGAGGGCCGCAAGGCACGACAGGAAGUGGUGGACUACUCGCAGCAGUGCCGCAUCCGUAAGAAAGCCAAUCGCAAGGGAGAAGGAGAUGACAGGGGGGACAAUCAGGAAGGCAGUGACUGGCGUGACGAAGAUGAAAAACUACCGGGUCACGAGAACCUGACGGAAAAAGACAUUGAACUGUUCCGACAAAUCCAGGAGCUGGCACUGCAG